CUGUUUGCGAGAUGUUAUGAUUGGAGAAAAAUGGCGACGGGUCGUCGGGCAGCACUGACAACUGAAAGCAGUGCUCCCUCUCAAAACGAUCCAGGAAGAGAAUUGUUUGAAGCUUGUCGAAAUGGUGAUCUUGGAAAGGUUAAAAAAUUGAUCACCCCCCAAAAUGUGAACGCAAAGGAUACUGCCGGCAGAAAAUCCACCCCUCUUCAUUUCGCUGCAGGAUUUGGCCGCAAGGAUGUGGUGGAACAUCUGCUGGAGUGUGGGGCCAACGUACAUGCUCGGGACGAUGGCGGCCUCAUUCCUUUACACAAUGCCUGCUCUUUCGGUCAUGCGGAGGUGGUAACUUUGCUGCUUGCCCGCGAUGGUGACGCCAACGCCCGAGACAAUUGGCACUACACACCUCUGCAUGAGGCAGCCAUCAAGGGAAAGAUUGACGUCUGUAUAGUCCUCCUUCAACGUGCUGCUGAUCCAAACAUUCGAAACACAGAUGGAAAGACGGCUUUAGACUUAGCAGAUCCCACAGCAAAGGCUGUUCUGACGGGAGAAUACAAGAAAGAUGAGCUUCUUGAGGCUGCUCGGAGUGGUAAUGAGGAGCAAAUGAUGUCUCUGCUGACACAGCUGAAUGUCAACUGUCAUGCUAGUGACGGCAGGAAGUCGACUCCCCUGCAUUUAGCUGCUGGCUACAACAGAACUCGAAUAGUGCAGCUUUUGCUCCAGAAUGGUGCCGAUGUGCACGCAAAAGAUAAAGGUGGACUGGUGCCUUUACACAACGCCUGCUCGUAUGGCCAUUUUGAAGUGACAGAAAUGUUAUUGAAGGCUGGAGCCAGUGUCAAUGCCGUAGAUCUAUGGCAGUUCACUCCAUUGCACGAGGCAGCAUCCAAGUCGAGAGUAGAGGUCUGUUCCCUUUUGUUGGCUCAUGGAGCUGAUCCGACUCUCGUCAAUUGUCACAGCAAAAGUAUCAUGGACGUGGCUCCUAGUAGGGAGCUGCAGGAACGCCUUCAGUUCGAAUAUAAAGGUCAUGCCUUAUUAGAAGGAGCUCGUCAAGCCGAUCUGACCAGAGUAAAGAAAUACCUCUCAGUGGAAAUUGUAAAUUUCAAACACCCUUACACAGGCGAUUCAGCUUUGCAUUGUGCUGCUGCUUCACCUUAUCCAAAGCGUAAGCAAGUUGUAGAGCUGCUGAUAAGAAAAGGGGCCAACCUAAAUGACAAAAAUAAAGAGUACCUGGCAGCUCUGCACAUUGCAGCGGACAAAGCUCACUACGAUGUCAUGGAUGUUCUGCUGAAACAUGGGGCCAAGGUCAAUGCUUUGGAUGGCCUUGGCCAGACUGCAUUGCACCGAGUGGCCCAACAAGGCAACAUGCAGGCGUGUCGCCUCCUCAUGUCUUACACCAUAGACACCAGCAUUGUGUCUCUACAGGGCUACACUGCUGCUCAGCUGGCCACUGAGAACAUUCAGAAGCUCUUGAGGGAGGAUCCACCUGUCGGAGGCACUGACAUUGAUAUUCAACUUUUAGAAGCAGCUAAAGCAGGAGAUUUAGAACUUGUGAAGAAACUUGUGGCCACCAAUCUGCAUGCUGUGAACUGCAGAGAUGUGGACGGAAGGCACUCAACCCCACUGCACUUUGCUGCUGGCUACAACAGGGUGUCUGUUGUUGAGUAUUUGCUGGAGCAUGGGGCUGAUGUGCAUGCCAAGGACAAGGGUGGUCUGGUGCCUUUGCACAAUGCUUGCUCUUACGGGCACUACGAAGUGACAGAACUUUUGAUUAAGCAUGGAGCCUGUGUCAAUGUGGCAGAUUUAUGGAAAUUCACUCCCUUACAUGAAGCAGCCUCUAAGGGCAAGUUCGAAAUCUGUAAAAUUCUGCUCAAGCAUGGUGCUGACCCCAACAAAAAGAACCGUGAUGGGCACACACCACUGGACCUAGUCAAGGAAGGGGAUCAAGACGUUGGGGAUCUGCUCAGAGGGGAUGCUGCACUGUUAGAAGCUGCUAAAAAGGGAAACCUUGCCAGAGUGCAAAAACUAGCAUCAGAGGAAAACAUCAACUGUCGAGAUACUCAGGGACGGAAUUCAACUCCAUUACAUCUCGCUGCUGGUUAUAACAAUGUUGAAGUUGCUGAGUUUCUGUUAGAGAAUGGAGCUGAUGUUAAUGCCCAGGACAAGGGUGGUCUCAUUCCUCUGCACAAUGCUUCAUCCUAUGGGCAUGUGGACAUAGCAGCUCUGCUCAUUAAGUUCAACACAUACGUUAACGCUCAAGACAGAUGGGGAUUUACACCUUUACACGAAGCGGCCCAGAAGGGGAGGACCCAGUUGUGUGCUUUGUUGCUUGCUCAUGGUGCAGACCCAACAGUGAAGAACCAAGAAGGUCAAACUCCCCUUGAUCUUACCACGGCGGAUGAUGUUCGAGCUCUCCUACAAGACGCCAUGCCUCCCAGCACGAUGCCUCCCUCUCUGCCCAAGUCUCAGGCAGCCACACUGGCCAGCUCCAGUAACUCCUCCUCCAGCAACAGUCUUCUCAAUAGCAGUGGCUCCGACCUGGGCCCUGGGGCUGUCGGGGGCGCGGGCACACAGUUUGCAGGGGACGGUUGUGUGGACCGGUCUGUGGCUGAAGGUGAACGUAGCAUAGAGGGUAUUAGCGUCUCGUCCUUUUUAUCGAGCGUUGGUCUGGAGCAGUUACGGGACAUUUUCGAAAAAGAACAGAUCACCAUGGACAUUUUGGUGGAGAUGGGACACGAUGAACUCAAGGAAGUGGGCAUCAACGCUUAUGGCCAUCGGCAUAAAAUUCUCAAGGGGGUGGAGAAACUUACAGCAUCCAAAGGUGUACAGAAUGUGGUGGGUGCUCCUAGUCAAGGCACUGUGUUAAUUGAUCUCAUGCCAGAUGAUCCAGAAUUCAAUUCUGUCAAAGAUCAGAUGGUCAAUACUUUGAGGGACCACAAAGACAACGUUGGCGGAGUCUUUAACAGUUAUAACAUUCUCAAGAUCCAGAAAAUCCGAAACAAGAGAUUGUUUGAACGUUAUGGCCAUCGGCGGAAGGAAGUUGGGGAGGAGAACCAUGGACAGCCGAACGAGAGACAUCUCUUCCAUGGCUCACCUUUCAUCAGCGCAAUCGUUCACAAAGGAUUUGAUGAGAGGCAUGCUUACAUUGGUGGAAUGUUUGGCGCAGGUAUCUACUUCGCAGAGAACUCCUCCAAAAGCAAUCAAUAUGUCUAUGGCAUUGGUGGUGGAACAGGAUGCCCCACCCACAAAGACAGAUCUUGUUACAUUUGCCAGAGGCAACUUUUACUUUGUCGUGUGACCCUGGGCAAGUCAUUCCUUCAGUUUUCCGCCAUGAAGAUGGCCCAUGCCCCACCUGGCCACCACUCGGUCAUCGGCCGGCCCAGCACAGGUGGUCUCAACUAUGCAGAAUAUGUGGUGUACCGAGGAGAGCAGGCAUAUCCAGAGUACCUCAUAACUUUCCAGAUUGCUAAGAUAGACAGCCUGGAGCUGCCCAGUCCAUGAAAUAUGUCUCUGCAGAAGGAGGAAUGUGCUCAGUCCGUGGAUAUUCCAGAGGAAGAAUUCUCAGGAUAGGGAUCGUCUGGAACUCAACCAUAGAACUGGAAAGAACCGAAUUCCCACUUUGUUUCUGACCUCUUGAUUCAAGAGUUGUGGUUUUUGAGUCAGAGCAAUGCACGUUUUAAAAAAGCGUAUUCUCUUUAGGGGAAUUGUGGAAGAGAAUACACUUGUGAUGGCUCGAUCAUCGCAGAAAAUGGAUAGUUUAUGUGAGCUCUUGGUGUUAUCACACCAUUUACUUCUUUUAACGGUCGCUAGUCCGGAUUGAUUUGUAGGAAAUGUGGUCCUUCAUCCUUGGACAUGAGGUAAAUUACUGUUCUGCAUCACCAGCUAAGACUGGGGACCGGGGGAAUUUUUGUUGGUGAUGCUGGUUAGCGUUGCCCCCGAGUCUUUGCUCUCCUGUGACUUCCACAUGUCCUGUCUGUUCAGCUCCAGUAACACCGAGAUACUCACUGACUGAUCUUUAAGCUUUGGGUUAAAACGUUUGGAGAUUCUCUACCAUUCAACACAGUUUUGUCUUGUUCUAUCAUAUUCAUAGUACCUGUUUAUUUUUCACUUGUUUGUUUGUAGGAGUGCUGGAUUGAAGGCAUUAUUUUCAUGCUUAAAGGCGACUGAGACAUGACCUUGCUUUGAAUAGUUGAGUACGUUAGCUUCAUUUUUGUAAUUUGGAGCCAUAAUUGAAAAGUUGAAAUUGUAAAUAGAGAAAUGAAAUUCUUUUUUUUUUUUUUUCAUACUUCUGAAAUUUAUCUUGCAAGUCAUAGUAUAGUAUUGAGUGAAUAUUAAUUAGGAACAUCGAUCACAGUUUAAGUGGAAUUAAAGAAAUUUACGGAAACUUUCGUUCUUGCUCAAAAUGACUCCCAUUGAGAAUGGGGUUCCUAUGAGGGACUUGAUUUUAUAGGACGUUACUUUUCACAUUUUCCUGUCUUACUUGAAUCUUUUUUCGUUAAUUGAAUGAUUUUUUGUAGUGUAUGAUAGUCCUGGAAGAUUAUUUUCCUUUUGUUUAGUUUGUGAUGUGAACUUUGUUCACAUGUACAAUUCCCUGUAAGACCGAGCCAUAUAAGUGGCUUCGUUCUAGUAAUAACGCUAUUUAGUGAAUAGUAAGUCUUUUAAAAUGCCUCCUACCUUGUUACAGUCUGUGAAAUAGCUUCCUGUGCUUGCUGAUCAUUUACCCUUUGCUUCCUAUUCUGUUCCUAUUUUACAACAGGAAGCAAAGUGUUAAUGCUGAUAUUGCAGUGCUUGCCCGGGAACAAUUAUUUUGUUGGCAGUGUUUAGUUUUUAUUCAUUUGUGUCCUUUUGAUAUUUUUUGGCCUCUUUUGAUUUGCAUUAGUUUUGCCAUUGCAAUUAUAUUUUUCACAAUUCUUUAUGAUCCUGUGUAUCGAUUUGUUAUCAAACUCAAUUGGUUUUUAUUUUUUGUUUUUUGUUCUUGCUCCAGUUUAUGAUUCGUUUUUUCAAGGGAGGAGUGGCUGUUGUCUUUUGCCUGGCUCAAGUCCCCUGUUGGAGUGACAUCAGUAGUAAUAUAUUAGGUGAUGUGAUUUAUACUUUACCUUCUUUUUUUUGUUUCUGUCCUCUUUUUUAAAUACUCCUCGUUCAGGGCUACGCUCUCCAUUUUUUAAAUAAUAUUUUAAGGUCCAUUGGGAUGUUAAACUCGUACAAAGUUGAAAAAUGUGACAUUCUGUCUUCUUCUUCACAUUACUGUAGUCUCCACCUAACCGCACGGUGCUCAGGAGAGCUCCUUAGCGUGUGUUUAUACGGAGUGUAUGUUUACAUGAACCUUUGCAAAGGGAGGAAGGGACGCAGUCAUCUCAUUGCCUUGAUAUUCUAGUGACCUCCCUUUGGGGUGGGGGGGUCUCUUAAGGCUGAUAAUAUGACAAGUGACUGUUUUAUGAAGGAUUCCACUACUGCGGUUAAGAGUACAAAAAAGGCGUUGAAUGGGUGGGGGGCAGAAAGACAAACUGAAAUGUAAUAUACACCAUAAAAUGUCGGGAACAGAUAACCUAAAAGGAAAUUGUUGGCCCAGCCAUGUGGCUUUCCAAGCGACCACCCCCGACCGUAAAUUCAUGGACGAGCAUUCAUGCAUGUUGCACAUCAUAGGCCUAGGUCUAACU